ACCACUAACAAGCUUCGCACCGCAGCUAAGAAAUACUGCACAAGCCCCAGCCUGCUUACGGCUGACUCCCCUAUCAUCUGCGGUGCUGCUGCUGUACGGGAUGCUGGCGCUGAAUGAGUAUUAUUUGCAGUAUUUGGACCGGUGACAAACGAGACAGGUGGAAGAGAAGGCGCAGCUCGACAGGGGAGUAGGAAGAGUGCUUUCGGUUAUUGGUAGCAGAUAUUAUUAAAUGCUGGAAGGAAGUAGAGGAAACAUGAGGCAUAGAUGAAAUAGCUGGAGGAGGGGGAACCAAGAAAUAGACCCCCUUGUAAUUUUAAGUUCCGUUGGCAACAGACUCGGUCGCUAUGAAUCAUGAAUCUGCCUCGUACGUCUCUGCGGCAGCUGGUCGCCUCCUGUAUCUUGUUCUCCUACUUCCAGACAUCUUGGGCUGCCCUCACCGUGGUACGUGGGAAUAAGACUGCAGGAAGAGAUGCAGUUCCGGAAGGCAACGAGGAUGGCACAAAUUCCGAAAACAGCAGCACCAGUGGUAACAGUACCAGAAAUGCAAUGCAAGAAGAAAUUACAUUUCCUUCUAGGCUUGUCUAUUUUAUUAAUGAGGACUCCGAGACUCCAUACCAUAUCCUGGAUACCCGGAUGAAAAACCAUCAGAAACUUGAUAAGGUUGUUCAUCUUGCUCAGGUCAGUUUCCAGAUUGAGGCAUUUGGUUCUAAAUUCAUUCUGGACCUGUCAUUAAAUAAUGAUCUCUUAUCCUCAGAUUAUGUGGAAAUUCACUUUGAAAAUGGGAAACAAGUUUUAUCUCAGGGUGGAGAACACUGUUAUUACCAUGGAGAGAUCAGAAGGAACAACGGAUCAAAAGCAGCACUUUCAACCUGUGAUGGUCUUCAUGGCAUGUUCGAUGAUGGACUUUACAUGUACAUGAUAGAACCUUCAAUGCACUUGGGUCAUUAUCGCGAGGAAACCCCAACAAGACCGCACAAUAUACAGAGGAUACUGAGGGUACAAACACAGGACCAGCUCUCUGAUACUGGUUCGAUGGAAGAAGAUGACCCAUUGUCAGAAUUGAUGUCUGAGUUCUCUUGGUUACGGAAGAAGAGGAGACGAAGAAAGAGAGGAGCGAGUAUGAUUCCACUGAGGAAAGGAGCUACAAGGAGUGUGUUUGAAGAGAUGAAGUACCUGGAACUGAUGAUUGUGAAUGAUCACAAGAUGUACAAGAGGCAUCGGUCUUCACGGUCACACAUGAACAAUUUUGCUAAAUCCGUGGUAAACCUGGUGGAUGCUAUUUUCAAGGAACAACUUAACACCAGGGUGGUUCUGGUUGCUGUGGAAACAUGGAGUGACAGAGACCGUAUCACCAUCGACAAUAACCCAGUGAAGAUGUUACGAGAAUUCUCCAAAUACAGACAGCACAGCAUCAAGCAACAUGCCGAUGUGGUUCACCUUCUGUCGAAUGUCACUUUUCACUACAAAAGGAGCAGCCUGGCUUACUUUGGAGGAGUCUGCUCCAAGUCUCGAGGUGUGGGAGUGAAUGAGUAUGGUCUCUCUUGGACAAUGGCUUCAGGACUUUCCCAGAGUUUGGCUCAGAACCUUGGCAUUCAGUGGGAGCCAGCAACCAAAAGACCAAGGGAAUGCAAGUGUAUAGAAUCAUGGGGUGGCUGCAUUAUGGAAGAAACUGGAGUAUACCAUACACGGAAAUUUUCCAAGUGUAGUAUCGCUGAUUACAAGGAAUUUCUAAACCGUGGUGGAGGUUCCUGUCUCUUUAACAAACCAACAAAGCUCUUUGAGAAUACAGAAUGUGGCAAUGGAUAUGUGGAACAAGGCGAGGAGUGUGACUGUGGAUUACGCAUGGAAUGCAUAAGCGAAUGUUGCAAGAAGUGCUCUCUUGCUAACGGGGCUCAUUGUAGUGAUGGUCCAUGCUGCAAUGUGACAUGCCUGUUUCUGCCAAGGGGAUUUGACUGUCGCAGCUCAGUGAAUGAUUGUGACAUUGAAGAAUACUGUACUGGCGAUUCAGGACAGUGUCCGCCAAAUCUUCAUAAACAAGAUGGGUAUGCCUGUGCCUCCAAUAAGGGUCGAUGUUAUGAUGGCAUGUGCAAGACAAGGGAUGAACAGUGCAGAUAUGUCUGGGGCCCCAAGGCAUCGGGGUCAGACAAAUUCUGUUAUGAGAAACUCAAUACAGAAGGCACAGAGAAAGGAAACUGUGGUUGGGAUGGAAAGCGACCCACCCCAUGCAGUAAACAUGAUGUAUUUUGUGGCUACCUUCUUUGCACUAAUAUUGGUCGAGUUCCAAGGAUUGGACAUAUUGAAGGAGAUAUCACCCCAACAUCUUUUAACCACCAGGGGAAAGUGGUUGAUUGCAGUGGUGGCCAUGUUUUGUUGGAUGAUGAGACAGACUUGGGAUAUGUUGAAGAUGGUACUCCUUGUGGCCCCUCCAUGAUGUGCCUCGAGAGGAAAUGCCUGCCAAUACAGUCCUUAAAUAUCAGUAGCUGUCCUACAGGAACCAGUGGGAGAGUCUGUUCUGGACAUGGGACCUGCACUAAUGAGGCAACUUGUUCAUGCGAGUCCACAUGGGCAGGGACGGACUGCAGUAUUUACGACCCCAUCAAAGACACUAGUGAUAAAAAAGAUGGGCCAAAGGUGAGCAUGGCCACUAACAGGCUGAUAGGUGCAGUGGCAGGGACCAUUCUUGCUCUGGGGGUGAUAUUUGGAGGCACUGGGUGGGGAAUAGAAAAUGUCAAAAAGAGAAGAUAUGACCCCAGCCAGCAAGGUCCAUACUGAAGAACAUGUCAUUACACUGUGGGAUUCUGGGUAAUUGUCACUCAGUUGUGCCAGAAACUGCAAAUUAUGAGACAUGCAGGCAUGCAGGUCAAGAACAGUGCUAGUAAAAGGGGGAGAAAAAUUCUGAGAAUAAAAACCUUCUGCUUGACUAACUAGAAAAAAGAACAAAAAAGUUAACGUCAGGAGUCUAUUCUGUUUCUUUUUUAAUUUAAAAGGGACAUUCAUGCCAGUUUGGGAAAAAAAAGAUGGCUACCUGUGUGCAUUUCUCAAUCAUAAACUGGGGCUCCAUCUUUUCAUUGCCUCUUGACAGUCGCAUGACUUAAUCUUUUUCACUAUAAACACUCAUGGCAUGAGGAUUGCGAACUGCACGACAAAAUUAAAUAUUACAGCAGGAUUUCAUAUUCUGGUACCAGUUCUGGACUUGCAAGUCACUCGUUAUGGAUCUGCAAACAACUGGUUCUGGACUCAUCCUUCUCAGCUGCAUCUUGUCAGAGCUCAGGAUCACCUUCUCAACAGAUUUCCCGCAUCGGGGUCAACCUGCUGAGGACCUGUUGUCCUCUUCAAGCAAUGAUGAUAGAACAUGUACGUCUUAAAACGGUACACAUAGAAAAAGAAGACUGUGACAUUUGUAUUGAUUGUAUGCUAUAAUUUUAUUUAUUUGUUUGUUUCUCUGUUCGUUUAUUUAUUUCCAGCAUGUUGUAUAACAGGUGUUUUUGGCUUGUUCACCAAACAGACAAGUAAAAAAGCAGAUGCACUGUAGAGUCACUGGUGGCAGACACCCCACAGAAUAUUGUUUUUAUAACUUAUUUCUUGUCAACUUGAAACCAAAUAUGCAGACCCAGUAACAGGGUUUUAAAUCCUUCAUUAUUAAAGUUGUAAGUAAAUAUGUGAAUUUUGCAGCUGGACUGUAUGUGAGAGAACCCUGGUGCCCUCUGUUGCUGUUUCCGUAUGUUUUAUCUUUAUAGUUCUCUUUUGGAGUGAACUAAUGGCCUGUCAUCAUUAUUCAAAACACAACUUGCAUUGUUUUUUUAUUAGUCUCAUGAUCCACAGCACUGCACAUUUUAUUAUUAUACCACUAAUCUCUAGUAUUGAGCAUUUUCUUAUUUCUUCACUUAAAUCUAGCACUGCACAUUUUAUAAUUAUGCUACUAACCUCCAACACUGCACAUUUUAUUAUUACGCUACUGACCUUCAGCACUGCACAUUUUAUAAUUAUGCUACUAACCUCCAACACUGCACAUUUUAUUAUUACGCUACUGACCUUCAGCACUGCACAUUUUAUUAUGCUACUGACCUCCAGCACUGCACAUUUUAUUAUUACGCUACUGACCUCCAGCACUACGCAUUUUAUUAUCACGUUACUGACCUCCAGCACCGCACAUUUUGCUCCCACAAGUAGAGCGCUGCAUAUGCUACUAUCACUGCACAUUCUAUCAUAUUCCUAUGAAUAUAGCACUCCAGAUUUUAUUUUUAUUCCCAUAAGCAGUAGCACUGCAUACUUUAUUAUUCCAAAGAGUAUCAGUACGGCACAUUUUAAUACUUUGCCAGCUGGUAGCAGUAUUGCACAUUUUAUUAUUCCCUUGAGCAUAGUACUGCAGAUUUAUUAUUCCCAUAACCUGAAUACUGCACAUGAUCAAAUUUUUCUGUGAAUAGUGCACUGCACAUUUUAUUGUCACUCCCAUUAGCACUGCCAUCUUUAUUAUUUCAGUGAGUAACAGUAUUUCACAUACUGUCAUUUCCAUAAGUAGUAGUACCGCAUGUUUUUGUUACUGUUCCCCUGAGCAACAAUAGUGCACAUUUUAUUACUCCUAUGACCAACAGUACUGCACAUGCUACUGUUGUUUCCCUUGAGUAGCAGUAAUGCACAUUUGUAUUAUUCCCAUGAGUAGAAGUACAGCACAUUUUAUUACUCUUAUGAGUAGCAGUACUGCACAUUUGCUGUGUUUCCCAUGAACUGUAAUACUGCAUAUUUUAUUGCUCCCAUGAGUAGUAGUAUUGCCCAUACUACUAUCUCCUACAAGUAACAGUACUGCACAUUUUAUCCGACCACUGUAUAGCAGCAAUGCACAUACUAUUAUUAUUCACUUGAGAAGCAGUACUACACAUCUUAAUCAAUUCCCUUUUCCCCCAUUUUGUACAUGCUGUUGUGGUGUCAAAUCAGCUGUGUUCACUUCCUUAUAAUUUUCUCUAGUCACAUUCUGUUCCAGCAGCAGUACUAUACCUGCUGUUAUAGCUCCUAUAGGCAAUAACUUUAGACAUUUCAUUCUAAUUCUGAUGAGUAGCAGGACUGCCUGCCUAGCGUUACUCCCAUGAGUACCAUCACCGUGCAUCUUAUUGAUAUUCAUGUUAAGACACCAUUGUACGUUUUUAUUUUCAUUUCGAUGAACAGUAGCAUUUUGUCUGCCAUUGACUCCAUGAUUUGUAGCAAUGCACAUCUUAACGGCAUGCAGCAUUUUUACCUGUGGUAUCUGAUUAAUAACAUUGAUCAUUCUAACUUUAUUUCCCUCAGUAGUGAUUUGGCACCUUUUGCAAUAUCAGUGUGCAUGUUACUGCUAUACCCAUUAGUAGCAGCACAGAGCGUCUUAUUGUUAACCCCACGAAUAUCUGCACUGCAGAUCUUACUCUUACUUUGUAAAUGUCUACACUAAAUAUCUUGUUAUGCCCAAGUGGUAGUCAUACUGAACAGAUUAUUGUUAUGCCCUUGAGUAUAUGUAUUGUACAUGUUCUUAUCCCAGCACUGUACAUCUUACAGACGUCUACAUAGGUAGCACUACAGAGUAAUGUUCUGUUCCUCUGAGGAAGAACACUGCAUAUCACUAUCCCCGUGAAUAACAGUACUGCACAUAUUAAUUUCAUGAGAAGUAUGCACAGCUUUGCAUACAUAACAUCUUGUGUUACGCCAGUAUAAGGAACAUAUUUCUCUUUGAAGUGUCAGAACUGCAUAUCAUUUGCAUGAGCAGCUGCAUUGCAUUACUUGUUAAAAUCCCACGAGAACCAACACUGCAAUCCGCUUUUUCCAAUUAAGUGUCAUACCUUCUGUUCUAUUACCGUCAUGAGUAGCAGUGCUGUAUGUUGUUACUCCUGUGAAUAGCAGCACUUCACAUUUUGUUAUUCUCGUAAGUAGAAUCAUUACACUUUGUGUUAUUUACAGAAAUCACUCUGCUUUCAUUGUUCCCACAAGUAGCAGCCUUGUACAUUUUUUGCUAUUCUCAAAACUUGCAGCAGAUCCUAUUUGGUUAUUCCUGCAGAGAAGGUAUUACAUUAUGGCAUACCUUCAAGUAAAGGCACUACACAUUUUGUUAUUUCUAUGAGUCGAAGCACUAAACAUUUUGUAGUUCUUACUGGUAGCAGCAGUACACAUUUUAUUAUUCCCAUAAGCAGAAUUGCUGCACUUUUUGUUAUUCCACCAGCAGCAGCACUGUACAUUUUUGCUAUUCCCACCGGUAGCAACAAGGCAUAUUUAGUUACUACUGUAAGGGGAAGCACUCCACAUUUUACUAUUCCUCUAUGUAAAAAACACUGCACAUUUUACUAUUCCUCCAUGUAAAAAACACUGCACAUUUUACUAUUCUUCCAUGUAAAAAACACUGCACAUUUUACUGUUCCUCCAUGUAAAAAACACUGCACAUUUUACUAUUCCUCCAUGUAAAAAACACUGCACAUUUUACUAUUCCUCCACGUAAAAAACACUGCAUAUUUUACUAUUCCUCCAUGUAAAAAACACUGCACAUUUUACUGUUCCUCCAUGUAAAAAACACUGCACAUUUUACUAUUCCUCCAUGUAAAAAACACUGCACAUUUUAUAUCCAUGAGUAGUACUACACAUUCUGUUGUACCAGAAAGUAGCAUCACUGCAGAUCUCACCAUUCAUUAUCUUCAUGAAUAAUUGAGGUAUAGACUCAGCAAUCCAGGCAUGCUAAGGCUUUGAGAUAACAGCUGCAGAUAAGAUAUUUGGAAGCAACCCUGCUGCAUUAUAGAGCAGCACUACAAUCCACUUUAAUGCUUUCUUUAUCUGCUCUGACUAGUUAUACUAAUGGGAAAAAGAAAGUCUUCAUUAUCUUUAGUGAUGUGACCUCUCUGUGCAAUCUAAUACAUGCUAAUUACAGAACAAACAACACAUUAGAGUUAGAAACAUAGUUCAUCAUUUACUUACAUUUUUCUGAGGUUCAUUUAGUAGGCUAAUGACCCCAAAGGGACUUUUUUAAGCCUAGCUAUGUUUCCCAAAGGGGAGAACCAAACCCUGUACCUUGUGUCUGUAAGGUAAACACCUUAACCAUUAUGCCAAGUUCAGUAGUGUAAGUACCUAUAGACCCCAGCUAAUGAUUGGCAAGAAUUCAAAGGUAUUUGGUACCAGCAUGUUAUAGAUCAGGCUAGAAGAUGAUGAGGAAGCAACUGAUUUGCAUCAGAUGUACAGAAUGAGAGGCUGCUGUUUCUGCAGCAUCUUAUCUUAAGGUUGGGGGUUGUCUUCUCAAAGUUCAGCAAGUACUUGUAUGUAAGUCAUAGAAGGCUGACUUGUUUUGUGGCAUUAUAAAAUCUAGAAAGAUCCAGGAGGGGAGCAGGUAUACAUUUACGGAUGCCAAAUUGUACUUAUGAAGGGCCAAAGGAUGCCCCAGUACCUAACAUCCACUAUCAUCUCUGGAAAAUCUUUCUUCAUGAUGGCAUGUUUCCUUGGAUUACAAAAAAGAAAUGUAAGCACCUUAACUGAAAAGAUAAAUAAAACAGAUUUACAAAUACAGAGUUGCCUGGAGAAGCAGAUUGUGUUCAUGCUGUGUUGGAAUGGGUAACUGCCGUAAACCUGAACAUUACUUUACCUAGUACAAUUAGUAGUUCACAGCAUGAUGGGGUGAGUUCUUUGCAGAGUCUACUCCAAUUUUAUUAACAUUUCAAUGGAUUUGCUAAUGGCAUUUACCAGUACGGUGCUAUGCAAGGGCCACUUUGUGCUUCAAAUUGCCACUGUAAAUUCUUAUGUCAGAGGGCAUAGACAUGCUGCUGACUUUAAGACCGGAAGGGAGGAAAGAAAGAAUUUUGUGUUAUUGAUUUACUGGAACUUGCUAGUCAUUCCAUGCCAUGAUAUGAACUAUGCACAAACUGUGGCUAAAACAAGUUGAUUAAAAUUCUGGCCAUUGUGUAUAUUAAUACUGGUGCCAAUCACUUUUAGUUGGCCACCUCACUUUUAAGAUUGUGCCUGUUUCUCAUAGCUCCUGUUUUUUUUUUUUUUUUUGCACUGUAGUUCAUUUCCAAAACUCAGUAUAUUUCCUGUCUAACUACUCAAAAUAAACAUGCAGGAUGAAGCAUCUUA